UUUAAUAGCUUUUAUGAAGAGCGUUUGACAAGAGGCAGCAUGUUGAGAGCCACUCGUUAUUUGCUGUUACUUUUCACAUUGUUGCCAUUCAUUAGCUCAGAACUUAUUAAAUGUUCAGACACAGCCAGAAAGUUUAAGGAACAGAGAGUCACCUUGCAGUGUCCAACUGGCUGUGCAACAGACUACUAUUCAGUGUGGGGUUCAGACAUCUACACAGAGGAUUCCUCUAUUUGUGCAGCUGCCAUCCAUGGAGGUACAAUCCCUCAUUCUGGUGGUUCCGUUACUCUGGAAAAAAAAGCUGGCCAGGGCAGCUAUACAGGAACGACAAGAAAUGGAGUGACAAGUCAAAGGUACAACUGGUACCCAACCUCUUAUGUUUUCGUGUCAGCCUCUACCAUUUCUUGCUCCCACCAAGCCCGAGCAUUUGCUGAAAACCAAUUUAAAGUACACUGUCCUGCUAACUGUGCAUCGCAAGGCAGCUCUGUGUGGGGAACAGAUAUCUACACUGAUGACUCCUCCAUCUGUCGUGCAGCCAUCCAUGCAGGGAAGAUCAGGGACUCCGGUGGAAUAGCCGAAGUCUUGAAGAGACCUGGACAAAGCAGCUACUUAGCAAGCCAGAGGUUUGGAGUGUCGACCAGAAGCUAUGGCUCCUGGAGUGGCUCCUUCGUGUUUAGCUGAGCCAUGGAGUUUCAGCAGCAGACGACAGGACAGCCCCACUGAGGACUUCGGGAAGGCUUCAGAUUACAGGAGAAACAGAAAAAAUUUCCAUUUAAAAUGUUGUGAUCACACCUUUGUAAACCUUGUGAAACAUUGUGGAUAAUAACAUAAUAAUAAAUAAUAAAUAAUAAUAAUAAUAAUAAUAAUAAUAAUAAUAAUAAUAAUAAAAAAACUGUGGUGCCGCUUUCCAAUAAAAAUGCA